AUGGCAGAAGAUACGGAGAUGCCAGACGCAGAGGCUGUACGUGAGAACACUCUCAUGUACGGCCACGACGACGAGCUCGAUGAGAAGUUCCCCACACGUCCCAUGAACCUCCACAAGUCGCCACCUUUUCACACGUUAUUCACUGAUUUGUUUGAUCCGCUCAUGGAAACACAAAAGAAGGGUAGGCAACCGCCUGGGCCUCGCCGAAAAGCCGGCCCACAUGGUCACUCGAACCUCUCGCCCCACGAAGCUAAGCGGAACAUCAUCGAGAGAUUCAUUGCAAGCUGGCGCAAGACUGUCGGCAAUGACUUCUACCCAGCAAUGCGUCUCAUUAUACCUGACAAGGACCGAGAUCGUGCUAUGUAUGGCCUGAAAGAGAAGGCCAUCGCAAAAGUCUUGAUCAAACUCACCAAGAUCAGUAAGGAUUCGGAUGAUGCCAAGCAAAUGCUGAACUGGAAGCUUCCCGGUCAGUUGCACAAAGCUUCAGCCUCAACAGCUGGAGACUUUGCCGGCCGAUGCUACCAGGUGUUGUCAUCAAGGCAGCUAAACACCAAGCUUGGUGACAUGAGCAUCGCAGAGGUCAACAAUGCCUUGGACAAGCUGUCCCAGCUUGGAUCGGAGGACGAGCAAGUCAAGAUCUUCCAGAGGUUCAACAGAAGGAUGAAUGCUGAGGAGAUGACAUGGCUCAUCCGUAUAAUCCUCCGCCAGAUGAAAAUCGGUGCGACUGAGAAGACGUUCCUCGACAUCUGGCAUCCAGAUGCCGAAACGCUGUUCAACAUUUCCUCCAACCUACGUCGCGUAUGUUGGGAGCUUUACGACCCAAAGGUCCGCUUAGAAGGCGAGGAUACCGGGCUCAGCUUGAUGCAGUGUUUCCAGCCUCAGCUCGCUGCCUUCCAGGAUAAAGGUGGGUCGUUCGAGAAGAUCGUGGCGCGAUUGCAGGCCAACUCUGAUGACGACUCAUUCUGGAUCGAGGAGAAGCUGGAUGGAGAGCGUAUGCAGCUUCACAUGAUUGAAGACCCGGAAGCGCCAGGCGGAAAGCUUUUCGGCUUCUGGUCACGAAAAGCCAAAGACUAUGCAUAUCUGUACGGCAAGCAUCUACAGGGAGACGAAGCUGGUGCCUUGACAAGGUUCAUCACAGAUGCAUUCGGCAAGAACGUAAGGAACAUAAUACUGGACGGCGAAAUGAUUACAUGGGACAUGGAUGUAGAUCAUAUUGUUGGAUUUGGUACCCUCAAAACUGCGGCUAUAUCAGAGAAGGAAAACAAAACCGACAAAAGUACCGGACAGCGGCCACUCUUCCGUGUCUUUGAUUGUGUAUAUCUCAACGACAAGCUCCUCACACCUUACACCUUGCGCGACCGCCGGCGGGCUCUCGAAAGCGCCGUGAAGGAUGUGAAGCGGCGAUUGGAAAUCCAUCCAUACAUCGAAGCGCACUCGCACACUGAGAUCGAGCCUGCGCUUCGUAAAGUGGUCGCUGAGUCUUCCGAAGGACUCGUACUCAAGAACCCGCGUUCAAUGUAUCGACUCAAUGACAGGAAUGCAGACUGGAUGAAAGUCAAACCUGAAUAUAUGUCUGAAUUUGGCGAAUCUCUCGACUGCAUUGUUGUUGGUGGCUACUUUGGAUCCGGCCACCGUGGUGGUGCCCACUCUUCUUUCCUUUGUGCAUUAUUGCUUAACAAAGAUGCCAAGCCGGGAGAUGCAGACUAUGAAAAGUGCUGGUCAUUCUUUAAGGUUGGCGGCGGUUUCAGUCGUGAAGACUACGCAGCCAUCCGCGGCAGGACAGAGGGCAAGUGGAAAGACUGGGAUCCCAGACGACCCCCGCCCAUCAUUGAGCUCGGCGGUCACGAACAGAAUCGCCAACAUGAGAGACCUGACCAAUGGAUACAUCCCAGUGAUUCUGUAGUACUGGAAUGCAAAGCAGCAAGCGUGGAGGGAAGCGAUAAAUUCCGGUUCAAUCUUACGCUUCGCUUCCCUCGCUUCAGAAUGCUUCGCACGGACAAGCGAUGGGAUCAAGCAUUAUCGAGGGAAGAGUUCUAUGAGAUCAAGGCGAACGUGGAAUACAAGCGCGAAGAGAAAGAGAAAGAGUUUGAGAUCGAGAAGUCGCGCCGGAAAAGGACGAGGACGACCAAGAAGCCAAUUGUGGUUGCCGGCAGCGAGACGAUCACAACUCCGUAUGCUGGUCCUCAGUCGAAAAUUUUCGAUGGACUCAGUUUCUACAUUAUGACCGAACAGUUGCAUCCGACCAAAAAGUCCAAAGUCGACCUGGAAGCGCUUGUCAAGGCCAACGGCGGUAGGGUCGUGCAGCGCGACUCGAUGGAGCCCAAUCUCGUCAUCGUUGCUGAUAAACGUCUGAUAAAAGUAGCUUCUCUGGAAAAGCGCGACACGAACAAUAUCGUUAAGCCUGUGUGGAUUCAGGACACCAUACAGCAAAACGAGGUAGACAACGGCGCCCUCCCGUAUCUGCUUCCUUUCGAGCCAAAUCGCCACAUGUUCUACCUGCUGGGUGACAAUCAGCUGGACUACGAGGCCAACGCGGACGACUAUGGUGACUCAUAUGCUCGUGACAUUGCCGAUGUUGAAGAGAUGAGGAAGAUACUCGGAGCCACUGACCCGCCCCAGAAGCGAACCAAAUUCGAUCGCGAGUCGUUCUUGGAUCAGCUCGAAGAUCAUGGCGACUCUCUCUCCCAUCUCAAAACCUACAUGUUCUCAAGCACCAAAGUCGCUUUUCGAACCAGCGACGACCCUGUCUGGACACUGCGGGCACAGCUAGCGGGAAAUUACAUCCGCUUUGGCGGAGGCCAAAUCACAGAGGAUGAGGACGAAGAAGGUGUUACGCACACGGUCGUCCCAGAUGGGCAAACCGCUUCUGUUUCACGUGUUGCAGAUCUUUCGAGAGUCGUUGGCGUAGGAUGGGUGCAAAAGUGCUGGGACGAGAGCACCAGGCUGGACGAAGAGAGGUAUCAGUGGGGCUGAACUUCUUUCUCUUCGUCGUCUCCAAGUCUACUUGAACAGAUCUGAAACAGCCUGGUCUUUCGUUUCUGCACAAGACUUUGGAGCGCAGUGCGAUUCCUGGUAUAGCGGUAUAUGAGAAGCACCAAUAACGUGUCGCGUUGACGGGUGUGGCUUACAAGUCCACGUGAAGUUACCCGAAGCUAACCGCAUUGGGCAAAAGUUAUAAUAAGCCCGAUCGGGGCUUAAUGAACCACCUGGGGUUUCGCAAUCAUACCGAUGGUGUCAAAGCUACUCGGCUACAUAGGUUAUCUUUCGAUGAGAGUUGGGAUGACUGGUCCAACUGCGUGGCUAGUCUUACUACAUGCGCACAUGUACAACCAUCUGCUUACACACUGCGGACUUCGUAGCCUACAAAGCACAGCUACUUCAAAACAUCAGCAUUUCCGAGCUAAUCCACGAGCUAC